CUCUCUCUCUCUCUCUCUCUCUCUCUCUCUCUGUAGCCAUGAACAAAGAAAAGCUUGUGGUAGAAGUAGUGGCAGCCCACAACUUGAUGCCCAAAGAUGGCGAAGGUUCGUCUUCCCCAUUUGUAGAAGUAGAGUUUGAGAACCAGAAACAGAGAACCCAAGUCAAAUACAAAGAUCUCAACCCAAUCUGGAAUCAAAAGCUCGUCUUCCAUGUCACCAACAUUGCAGACCUUCCUUACAGAACCAUAGAACUCAAUGUCUACAACGAGAAGAGGUCCAGCAACAGUCGAAAUUUUCUGGGUAAAGUCAGAGUUUCAGGGUCGAGCAUUGCUAGAGAAGGUGAAGAGAUUGCUCAACUCUACACUCUCGACAAGCGAAGCCUUUUCUCUCAUGUCCGUGGCGAGAUUAGCUUCAAGCUCUAUUUAUCGACUCGAGAAGAAGUUAAAGACGUCAUCAAUGGUAUGGUCUCUGGUUCUGGUUCUGGUUCGUCUUCUUCGAAGAAGAACAAGAAGUUGCAGCAACUAGCAGAGUCGACAAUGGCGGUGAAUCAACAAGAAGAAAACAAGAAAAACAACCAAAAUCCGCAAAAUCCCAAGCCUACUAUGCCAAACCCAGGUGAUAUGAAGCCUGUUAUCAUCACCACCGCAAGCGGUGGUGGGUUUGGUGUAAACUCUACUGGGUCGAACGAGUUCUCGCUAAAAGAGACUAGUCCUCACCUCGGAAACAAAGAUAAAACGAGCUCAACCUAUGAUCUGGUCGAGCAAAUGCAGUAUCUGUAUGUUAGAGUCGUGAAGGCUCGAGAAAUCGCUGUGUUUGGCGGCGGAGAAGUGGUGGCGGAAGUGAAACUCGGAAACUACAGAGGAAUCACGAAAAGGGUUAGUUCAAACCAUGCCGAAUGGAACCAAGUUUUCGCAUUUUCAAAAGAUUGUUUGCAAUCAUCAACGGUGGAAAUUUUUUUGAAAGAGAAAGAUAAAGAUGAUUUCUUAGGCCGUGUUUGGUUCGAUUUAAACGAAGUCCCCAAAAGGGUUCCUCCAGAUAGUCAGUUAGCUCCUCAAUGGUAUCGAAUGGAAGACAAAAAGGGCGAGAAAUCGACAAAAACCGGCGAGUUAAUGGCGGCCAUUUGGUUCGGAACUCAGGCCGACGAAUUCUUCGCCGAAGCGUGGCAUUCGAAAGCCGCCAAUGUGCAUUUCGAUGGUCUCAGUUCGAUCAAAUCAAAGGUUUAUCUCUCUCCAAAGCUAUGGUACUUAAGAGUCUCUGUAAUUGAAGCUCAAGACAUUGUUUUGGGAGAGAAAGGUUCUUCAUUGAUGAGAUAUCCAGAGCUUUCAGCAAAAGUCCAAGUCGGAAAUCAAGUUUUGAGAACCAGAAUCAUAUCUCCAACAACACCGAAUAAUCGAAGCUUCUCGAACCCAUUUUGGAAGGAAGAUUUGAUGUUUGUUGUCGCAGAGCCAUUUGAAGACUAUCUAUUGGUUUCGAUUGAAGAUCGAAUUGCCCCGAAUACGGACGAAGUUGUGGGGAGAGUUCUUCUCCCUGUGACUACGAUCGAGCGGAGAUUAGACGAUAAACCGGUGAAUUCGCGGUGGUUUAAUCUCGACAUUCAUUCAAACAAUUUGGGAGAGUCGAAACUGGCGGGGAGAUUUGGUUCUCGGAUUCAUCUCAAAGCCUCGUUCGAUGGUGGAUACCAUGUGCUUGAUGAAUCCACAAUGUAUAGCAGUGAUUUGAGGCCUACUGCCAAGCAGCUUUGGAAGCCCCACAUUGGUGUGCUUGAACUGGGGAUUUUGGGGGCUACUAAUUUGAUGCCGAUGAAGGUCAAGGAGGGCCGUGGCGGCUCCGUCGACGCCUAUUGCGUGGCCAAGUAUGGGCAGAAGUGGGUGAGAACUCGCACGGUGGUUGAUAGUUUCGCGCCAAAAUGGAACGAGCAGUACACGUGGGAAGUUUUUGACCCGUGUACGGUGAUUACUGUUGGGGUGUUUGAUAAUUCUAGGGUCGAUAAGAAUACGAGCAAUGCUGGUGCGCGUGACUUGCGCAUCGGUAAAGUUCGAAUUCGGUUAUCAACCCUUGAAUCGGAUAGAGUGUAUACGCACUCGUAUCCUUUGAUUAUGUUGCACCCUUCCGGGGUGAAGAAAAUGGGGGAGCUUCAUUUGGCAGUCCGAUUUUCGUGUACUAAUAUGGCUAAUGUACUACAUAGCUACACAAUGCCAUUGCUUCCAAAGAUGCAUUAUGUGAAUCCUUUGUCAGUUAACCAAUUGGAAAUUCUGAGGUACCAGGCUGUAAAUGUAGUAGUGGCUCGGCUCAAUAGAGCCGAGCCGCCUUUAGGGCGGGAUGUGGUUGAGUAUAUGCUUGACCACGACUCCCACAUGUGGAGCAUGAGAAAGAGCAGGGCCAAUUUUUUCCGACUAAAUAAUGCGGUUUCUGGUGUGAUUUCUAUAGUCCGAUUCGUGGAGUCUAUGCGGUGUUGGGAUAGGCCGGUGUACUCGACUCUGUCGAUGUUAUCAUUUGUCUUUCUUGUUUGGGCUCGGGAACUCAUACUCCCUAUUGUACUCGUUAUCAUGGCACUAGUGGGAAUCUGGCGGUACCGUUCGCGGCCUCGCUACCCACCCCACAUGGACACCAGGCUGUCUUGCGCGGAAGGUCGUGUGAGUGUGGAUGAGUUGGAUGAAGAGUUUGAUUCGUUUCCAACGACUCGGAGUGCGGACAUGGUUCGGAUGAGGUAUGAUCGGUUGAGGAGCGUGGCAGGGCGGAUUCAGACGGUGAUCGGGGACAUGGCAACACAAGGGGAGAGGUUUGAAGCGCUGCUGAGCUGGCGCGAUCCGAGGGCGACGUUCUUGUUUGUGGUGUUUUGUUUGGUGGGUGCUUUUGGGUUCUACUUGGUACCGAUUAGGUGGGUGGUGGCUGCUUGGGGGUUGUACUUUUUGAGGCCACCGAGGUUCAGAAGCAAGUUGCCUUCAAGAGCUGUGACCUUCUUCAAGAGACUGCCUGCUAAGGCAGAUAGCAUGUUGUAGAUUUCAAUUCUUCUAAGGUACAGAAUCUUAUCACAGAAUUAAGUACAAUGUUCUAUGAAUUAAGUACAAUGUUCUAAUGUGAGACGAGAUUUAUAUAUUGAGUAGCUCUCACUUCAUAUAAAAAUGUUGUGUUAAAUUCUGUGAUCAAAUUGUGUGUGAUUAGAUUGUUUGGUGGUGUAUGUAAUGUGGGUUGGUGGGGAUUGCAGUAUGAAUAGUUGAAAAUGUAUUUUGGAUUUUGGGUAUUUUUGGAUAUUGCACUGUUUUAAAUAUGAUUUUUUUUAGGACCUUGCUACCUCCUUAA